AUGCCUUUCAACUACUGUGCCUAUAUCGACCCCUCCAGGGAACAUCGCAUUGGUCAUCUCGACCUCAAUACCGAACAGAUCCAACCUCUCUCAUUUGUAUCGGGCACCCGCCUUUCGAACUUAUACGAAGUCAUUGAAGCCGGUGAAAAAAACAUUGCGGCAUCUCAAGAAAACAGCAUUCCGCUAUCAGAUGUCAAGUUACUCCCUCCUAUCUCCGGAAGGGACAUUCUAGCAGUUGGCAAGAACUAUGUCGAGCAUGCCAAAGAGUUCAACUCGUCUGGCUUUGAUGCUUCAGACAAGAACGAUCAGCCUACGUUGCCAGUGAUAUUCACCAAACGCGCAACAUCAAUCGUGGCACAUGGCGAACCCGUUCUUCUUCAUCCGGGAUUCACAGAAACCCCAGACUAUGAGGGUGAAAUUGGAGUCAUUAUUGGAAAAGCAGGGCACAAGAUCUCGGAGGCAGAUGCAAUGGAGUAUGUUUGGGGUUAUACCAUCAUCAACGACUUCACUGCUCGUGAACGACAGCGAGACCAUAAGCAAUUUUUCAUCGGCAAGUCGCCAGACACGUACUGCCCCAUCGGCCCCGUCGCGGUGCCCAAGGAAUACCUUCCGGCCAACCUUCGGGUGCAGACCUUUGUCAAUGGGGAAGAACGACAGGAUGCAACCAUCGACCAACUCAUAUUCAGUGUUCCACAUCUCAUUGCGUGUUUAUCACAGGCCCAAACACUUCAACCGGGCGACACAAUAGCCACCGGUACACCUUACGGUGUGGGAUUCGGCUUUCGACCCAUGAAGUUUUUGAAAGCCGGAGAUGAAGUCAAAGUUUCUGUUACUGGGCUGGGUACAUUGAAAAAUCGCAUUGCUUCCUUGGACGCAACCAAUUUUACUGUGGAUCGCGUCAAAAUGCAGUCCUCCAUUCCGGUGUUCAACCAGAGAGCUCGGAGCCACAACGGUCUCGUGAAAAUUGGUAAUAAAGAGCUCUUUUAUCAAUUCAAGGGUCAAACAGAUGGCCCUCAAAUCAUCUUUGUACAUGGACUGGGCGGAUCAUCGACAUACUUUUCUCCUCUUUACGAAAAGCUUCAGGCUACGCAUGGCCUCCAUCUCAUUGACCUCGAAGGACAUGGUAUGUCCCCAACAAGUGCAUUAAGUAAUCUCACCAUAGAGUCAUUUGCUUCAGACAUUAGAGAAGUGUACAAACGUGCUCGACCGGAUUCAAAGCCAGCCACAGUCAUUGCCCACUCAAUGGGUUGCUUGAUAGCUCUAAAAUUUGCCCUCAAGAACACAAGCUUGAUCUCUUCUUUAGUUCUUAUGGGACCUCCCCCAACUCCAUUGCCCCAGGCUGGCAGUACCGGAAGCUUUGCGCGGGCGGAAACGGUCCGCAGCAGAGGUAUGUUUGCAGUGGUUGAUGCCAUAGUCAACGCUGGCCUUUCUUCCAAAACCAAGGCAAGCAAUUCCUUAGCAGUUACCGCGGUUCGGCUGUCUCUGCUCGGGCAAGAUCCGGAGGGAUAUGCAAAGGCAUGCAUGGCAUUGGCGAGAUCUGCUGAGGAGACUUUGGAUGUAGCCCAAUUGCCUGCAGAAUGCAAGACUCUGAUUAUCACUGGUACUGAAGACGCUGUUAGCCCGCCGACGGUAUGUUCUACUUAUGGGCAGAGUAUAAAGUCCUCCAAGGUCAAUGUUCUAGACGAUGUUGCACACUGGCAUUUGUUUGAAGACGUCAAGGGUGUUUCUGAAGCCAUCUAUUCUUUUUUGGGCGUGGCUUAA